AUGGUCAAAGUUGUCCUCGACGGUACUGUCCUCGCUGAAUCGGACAAAACAGUGAUGGUGGAAAACAAUCACUACUUUCCGCCUGAUGCUGUGAACAAAGAGUAUUUCACAGACUCUAGUACAUCUACAGUCUGUCCCUGGAAAGGGACAGCUGCUUAUUACAGUGCCACUGUCAAUGGGCAGACUGUUCGUGAUAUUGCCUGGUACUACCCUGAAACCAAAGAUAAGGCGAACAACAUCAAAGGCUACGUCGCUUUUUAUAAGCAGAACAAAGUGCAGAUCGACUGA